CUAGGAAUUCUUUAUUGAAGCAGUUGCAAUGCACUACUGGGAGCUAACUGAGCACAUAAGACACGGCCAGAGCACUGAGAGAUAUCAGGUAUUGAUGUAACUGGAGUGAAUAAGGGAACCUUCUUCCUGGGCACAGACAUUGGAGCCUGUUAUCAACAUGAACUCAUAUGUGUUAGACAAACACCUGAAUAGUUCAUAUCCAUCCUUCACUACAGGAAGCAUCAGAAUGAUACCGCAAGCUCCAAAAGUCUUAGACACCAAUGACCAUUCACAAACAUUGGGAAUAUCACAGCAGAUAUUGAAAGGAGAUGGUGAAUUUGCAGGAACUGGGCAGCAAUCAUUAUGUACAGAGAGUAAUUUAGUCAUCAAACAAGAGGACAACAUUUCUGACUUAUCUAGUGAAAUGAUUAUCGCAGAGGAUAAACCACACAUAUUUACUGAGUUUUCAAAACAUAUUAAAGAAGGGAAAAGUCUACAGUCUAGCCAAAUGAUUCAUACAAAGGAGCAACCUUUCAAAUCUACAGAAUGCGAAAAAAGCUUUAGAUUGAAGUCUAAUCUACUAGAGCACUACAAAAUUCACACAGGUGAGAAACCACACACAUGUACUGAGUGUGGUAAAUGUUUUACACGAGUGAAUUGUCUGAAAAGUCAUAAAAAGAUUCACACAGGAGAAAAGCCUUUCACAUGUACAGAGUGUGGAAAAAGUUUUACACAAAAGAGUGAUCUGAAAAAGCAUGUAUGGAUUCACACAGGGGAAAAGCUUUUCACAUGUACAGAGUGUGGAAAAAGUUUUACACAAAAGAGUAAUCUGAAAAAGCAUGAGAGGAUUCACACAGGGGAAAAGCCGUUCGCAUGUACAGAGUGCGGCAAAUGUUUUACCCUAAUGAAUUAUCUGAAAACUCAUAAAAAGAGUCACACAGGAGAAAAGUAUUUUACAUGUACAGAGUGUGGAAAAAGUUUUACACAAAAGAGUCAUCUGAAAAAGCAUGAAUGGAUUCACACAGGGGAAAAGCUUUUCACAUGUACAGAGUGUGGAAAAAGUUUUACACGAAUAGAUAAUCUGAAAACUCAUGAAAUGAUUCACACAGGAGAACAAUCUUUCACUUGUACAGAGUGUGGAAAAAGUUUUACACAUAUGAGUAAUCUGAAAAAUCAUGAAAUGAUUCAUACAGGUGAAAAGCCUUUCACAUGUACAGAGUGUGGAAAACGUUUUACACGAAUGGAUCAUCUGAAAACUCAUGUAAUGAUUCACACAGGAGAAAAAUCUUUCACUUGUACAGAGUGUGGAAAAAGUUUUACACAUAUGAGUAAUCUGAAAACUCAUGAAAGAAUUCACACAGGGGAAAAGCCUUUCAUAUGUACAGAGUGUGGAAAAUGUUUUACACAAAAGAGUGAUCUGAAAAAGCAUGUAUGGAUUCACACAGGGGAAAAGCUUUUCACAUGUACAGAGUGUGGAAAAAGUUUUACACAGAAGAGUAAUCUGAAAACUCAUGAAAGGAUUCACACAGGAGAAAAGCCAUUCACAUGUACAGAGUGUGGAAAAAGUUUUGCACUAAAGAUUAGUCUGAAAACUCAUGAAUGUAUUCACACAGGGGAAAAGCCGUUUUAAAGGAUUCACACAGGAGAAAAGCCUUUCACAUGUACAGAGUGUGGAAAAAGUUUUACACAAAAGAGUAAUCUGAAAACUCAUGAAACGAUUCACAAGGGAAGAAACCUUUAACUUAUUUAGAAAGUAGGGUUGCUACCUUUUGCACAGCCGAUUCCCUGACACUUUGCAAAUGGGCGUGGUUGAUGAUGUGGUUUCACACAACCUUAAAGGGACAUUCCAGCCAAAAUUGGAAUCCAAGUGUAUGCAUUUCAGUUUUGAGUAGAAGCAUUUUCCAUCUUAAUAUGGGAAGAGUCCACAGCUGCAUUCCUUGGGAAAUACUGAACCUGGCCACCAGGAGAAGGCAAAGACACCCUAGCCAAAGGUUUAAAUACCUCCCUCACUUCCUCAUAACCCCAGUUUUUUUUUAGCUAUAGCCCCACCCUUGGGGGCCCAGUCGCAAUUGCGACCUCUGCACCCCCUGUAGUUUCGCCCCUGUGAGAAGGCCUUAGUUCUGCCCUCUCAAUCCAAUUAUGUUCCAUAUGCCAUGAUAAUGUGAUAUCAGACAUGUUUGAUACCACAGAGCCAUCCACCUCUGAGGAGUUGUCAUCCAGUGAAGUGCUUACUCUACAUUCAUUUCUCUACACAUGUAGUUUUCCCAUAGCAUUGCUGAUCCUCCAUCUUUAGGGGGCCUUUUUUCUCCAGACGUUACUGCGCAGUUCAAAUGGCGAUGUCUGUGGCCUUUAAUGUUGUACCUCGCCCUGCUAAGCGCAAGCGAAAGGUUACAUAUUGCACUCCUUCCCAGAGUACAUGAGAUAAUUUAUUGGAUUUAAAUGAUAGGGUUAUGUGAGGAUGAAGUUCUUUCUGAGAUUUAAGAGCAUGAAUAUUCUGGGUCGGAGCCUGCUGCCUUUAAACCUCUGGCUGCGGAGGAACCAGACUUUAGAUUUAGGAAUUUGCGCUUUCUUCUAAAGGAAGUUUUUGGCGAAUUCAUAGGUUCCAGAGGCCAAAUUGCCUGAUGAACCUUUAAUUCCUAAAUUGGAUAGAGUUUGAGGACAGGGUGGUACCUUAUCUUUCAAGCUCGUAAGCUGGUUGUGCGUCGCAUCUACUAUAGAUGAUGAGAAACAUGGUUAAGAAAACAUGGUUUGGAACUUCAUGACAGAUAUACAUGGUCAUUGCUACUAUUUCAGCAUUAUAUAUAUAUAUAUAUAUAUAUAUAUAU